UCUGUUGGCCUACCCUCCCAGUCAGAAGCCAUUGUACAACCACACAGAGUACUCGGCCGCAGAAACAAAUACUGUAAUUACGUGUUUAAUUGUUUUUAAUCCGAGAGAAACCCGAGCAGCAUAAUUGUAGAUUUAAACAGUAAAACAAAGUCUAUUGUCGAGGAAGUCAAGAAAAACAGGUCGAACGACGACUGUAUUUUCCAUCCGGGACGUUAAGCUUGGCUGAGGGAUUCAACCGACUUCAGUGUAGACAUCGGAAGAGGAAAAGCCGCCGUCUAAUUCCGCCCCAGUGGUUCAUUUCCUCCAGAUAUCUUCAUUUUACAGUCCGUGCUUGGCUUUUCUCUUAGGUCUGUGCCCUAAUUUAGAUGGCAAGCUUCCCAGACUCUGUAAACGAAAAUGAUAUAGGUAAGGCUAAGUUCAUCGGUGAACUCCUGGUGCCUGUUGCUCCCUUUGACCAGAAGUCUGGGCGCGAGGCUUGGACAGUAGCCUUUGCACCGAAUGGUUCCUACUUUGCUUGGUCUCAGGGGCAUCGCAUUGUCAGGCUCAUUCCUUGGACAAAAUGCCUGAAGAACUUUUCAGUGGGCCCUGGUGGAGAGGGCACCAAUGCCUCAAGCCCCCGGCAUUUGUCUCGUCAGAACAGCGACGGAGGCCAGGUAAUCCCAGCGGCUGGUGAGCCCCGUGAACACACCAUUGACUGUGGUGACAUCGUCUGGGGUUUGGCCUUCGGUUCCUCUGUGCCAGAGAAGCAGAGCCGCUGCGUCAACAUAGAGUGGCACCGCUUCAAGUUCGGUCAGGACCAGCUGCUCCUGGCAACAGGCCUCAACAAUGGUCGCAUCAAGAUCUGGGAUGUUUACACUGGAAAACUGUUGCUGAAUCUGAUGGACCAUACUGAUGUAGUGCGAGACUUGACCUUUGCUCCUGAUGGCAGCCUCAUGCUGGUCUCGGCAUCCAGAGACAAGACCCUCCGCGUAUGGGACCUCAAAGAUGAUGGUAACAUGGUGAAGGUUUUGCGGGGGCAUCAGAACUGGGUGUACUGCAGCGCCUUCUCCCCUGACUCCUCCAUCCUGUGCUCAGUUGGCGCAGGCAAAGCAGUGUUCCUAUGGAACAUGGAUAAGUUGACAUUGAUCCAGAAGCUGGAGGGGCACCACAAUGAUGUGGUGUCUUGUGAGUUUUCACCAGAUGGGGCGCUGCUGGCAACUGCCUCGUAUGACACCCGGGUCAUUGUGUGGGACCACCACAAGGCCACUAUCCUGCUGGAACUGGGCCAUCUCUUUCCUCCUCCAUCACCUAUUUUUGCUGGAGGGGCAAAUGACCGCUGGGUUCGCUCUGUGAGCUUCUGCCCUGACGGCCGCCACAUUGCCAGCAUUACUGACGACAGGCUGGUUCGUUUCUGGAGCAUAGAGGAAAGGGCUCCUCAGGCCAUUGCCUCUGUCUCUAAUGGCCUCUGCUGUGCCUUCUCUGCUGAAGGAAGUGUCCUUGCUGCUGGAACUCGUGAUGGUAGUCUGCACUUCUGGGAGUGUCCUCGUAGCGUUGCCAGUCUGCAACACAUGUGUAGGAUGGCUGUUCGCAGGGUGAUUACCACCCAGCAGGUGGAGGCCUUGGCCAUUCCCACACCGCUCCGUGACUAUCUAACCUACAAAGUCAUCUAAUUCCCCCAUCAACCCCCAGCACCAGCUGACUCCACAGCACCUGCUGCAGUAGCAGCAUGCUGGAAAACCAAUGAAUCCCUUUUGUUUUUGUUUUUUUCUCAUAGAACUUUGGUUGCACAAGUGAUCAGGACAGGAGGAAAAGUGUUAAGUUUUACUGAAACCCCAGAGCCAUGUGUUGUCUCAAACCCCCCCCACAUCCACUUAAAGCAGGAUAUUGUGUUUGGACAUAUUUAUUUUUCUAAGUGCUUUAGUAAAUAGUGUGCUGGGCCCAGCGCACCAUCCAUACCUGUGAGGUCAAUUUUUUCUGGGGCCUUUUGUCCCUGCUGUCAUAUCAGUGUGGUACCUGUAAGUGUUCAGCUCCUCUUCCAGCUGGUUCUCUCCACUAGGUUCAGUAAAUCCUUCAGCUUUUCCUCCAAAUUGAAAUGGCUGUUGCACUUAAUGUGAGAAGCUUUGUGGUGAUGCUUGCUCUUAAUGUUGGGUUUGUCAGUGGGUGAGCUAAAGGAAGAGACUCGUGGGAGGUUUAAAGGAUGCAGGAUUUUGAAGGCCAAUACUCAGAUCUGUGAACUACUGAUGCUGUGGAUGUAUAUUCUCUUUACAUUACAUUAUUGUCAGGGCAUAGAAGAAAAACAAAAUCCGGCAGGUAUAUUUCUCUGAAACGGAAUUUGCACGGCCAUGGCACACUUGUUCACUCACCAGAAACAGCUAGCUACUUCAUUAGCUGGUCAGCUUGCAUGUUAACCAACUCCACUAUAAAUACCCCAAUAGGAACUCAUUACAGAUAUAUUGGUUAUUGUCGGCAGAUUAAUGAAAACCAUAUUUGAAAUAUGGAAAUGCCAAAGAUAUUUUUUAAAGUGGUUUCACCAUUCUGUAGUUUGUCCAGCUUGAAGUUCAUUUUUCAACUGCAAGUUGUCCCGCCCAGUACAUUCCUUGUUAGAAACACAAAUUUAAGGGAGCCAUGUCAGUGUUUGUUGUAGGUUGAGCAAAAAAAAGAAUAUUGGGUGAUUAUAUAAUUAUAAUUGAGAUUUUUUAAAACUCUGAAAUAUCAAUAUAGGUAUUGGCCUCAAAAAUCAUGUAUCAGCUGUGCUAUACAUUUCCCCCUCUGUUUAAAACUGAGAAAUUGUGAGUGAGUAAGUGAGUGAGUAAGUGAGUGAGUAAGUGAGUGAGUGAGUAAGUGAGUGAGUAAGUGAGUGAGUGAGUGAACCACCCUUCUCUGCCCUCUGGAGCAGUAUAAAGCCUUGAGACCAAUGUUUAAUGAUUUCAUACUAAAGCAAAGCGUCUAUGCCACUUAACUGCUACCUAUAUUUGAUCUUGUACAAAGACCUGUAUACAUGUUCCGUGUCAUAUCUGUGUGUAUAUACAAAAUUGUAUAAUGUCUAUAAACAUAUCAGUUUUAAGAAUUUUUCUCACUUUAUUUUGUCAUUUAUAUCCUUCUGUUAAACAUUUGUAUUUUUGUAUUUUGUUCUCCUUUUAAAUGUGAAAAUGUAUAUGAAUAACUACACGUCUUACUGCUUCAGCCCAGAAUGUUAGGUGCAUUUUCUUCCUUUUCCCUGUUGCACUUGUUUGCUGUCUGUAAAAAUUACAAUAAGCAUUUUCAGAAACCCUGAACCUAAUCCAAAGCAACUGACCAAUCACCUGCUAGUCUGUCAUUCGGUGUUAAAGGUCCAGUGUGUAACAUUUAGGAGGAUCUAUUGACGGAAAUGGAACAUAAUAUUUAUAGGUAUGUUUUCAUCCGUGUAUAAUCACUUAAAAAUGAAAAUUGUGCUUUUGUUAACUUAGAAUGAGUAGUUUUUACAGGGUCCUCUUCUAUGGAGUCCGCCAUGUUUCUACAAUAGCCAAAAACAGACAAAGCAAACACUGGAUCUAGAUAGGGCUUUGUUUUUAUGUUUUUCACGAGUUUUGUGGCCACCAUAGUUUCUCCGAAGCUCUUGGAAGGUUGAGCUGUAUUCAUUUGGUUACUAGAUGCCACUAAAUCCCACACACUGGUCCUUCAAAGACUUCAUGUUCAUUGAACUCCUGAUAGAAAGAAUAUGCACAUGAUAAUCCAAAAUCUUAGAAUCUUCAACAUCUUGAUUGUCAUUUUCAGUUUUUACGUUGGUGAGAAGAGAUGUGAAGAAGGGAAAGUGAGCUUUUAGUGUUUUCCUGUUUGCGUCUCUGUAGGAAGGCGGGUGCAACCUUGACGGGUUUGAAAUGCGUGAUGUUUGUAUAUCUGUAACCAUUGUGAUUGGAAAAACACAGUCCUGCCUCAGUGAGAUGCAGUAUAGCGGUAAAUAUAUCAAAUAUAUAUGAAUGUAUAAAAUUUCAGCAAUUUUCUUGUACAUGUGUGUGUUUGUAGUUUCAAUAAAGGCUUUUUGACAAGAUAA